AUGAUAUUCCAAUCGAGACCAAACAACAUUGUUUACUGGAGUUCCAAAGUUUUCAAUGAAAAAUUGACGGAUAAACUGGAAAGUAUCACUAAAUUAUUCGACGAUCCAUCCGUUCUCAACCCAUUCGAAUUUGUUAAUGGAGCGCUUUCAAAUCGUUACGGACCAGAACAGCAGUAUUUCUUUUUGGAUUUUGCAAUAUUGAAGAAUCAUGACGAAAAUCACGCGAACAUUCCGUGCAACAAGUCGUUCAACUGGGAUCGAAAGUGUUCCAGAAUUGUAUUAUCGUCGUUUUACAAUCAAAAUACUGUGAUGGAUGCCUUCUAUCUAUUCUGA